UGGGCUGGGUUACAGUUGGCGUCGCACAGUUUCUUGAUUCUCUCCAGGCGGUUUUGGGACGAGUCGCGCGUCCAGGCUCGAAGGCCCGUCGGUUGGGUAGCUUGGUUUCCUUUCCCUCGCGUUCCCGCCGAUUUCCUUUCCUUCUCUCCCUCCCAUUCUCUUUGCCGGUCGAUUCCCCAAAGCGUCAUCUUCUCAUCCUUCGCCCAUCUCACCCAAGAUGCAUCAGUAGCAGGUAAGGUCGGACGGGAAGCAAACCCUAGCAUUCAUCUGGACGCAGAAGAGACGAGCCAGUCGAGAACGAUGCCGCUCUUCAUCACGGAUGAAGAUCUCCGGAGCUGCGGUGACAACGCGGCGCUUGUGGCCGAGAAGGCCGACGCUUACAUUCGGGAACUGCAGAGGCAGCUCGAGACAUGUAAAUCUCAGGCCGACGCUGCGGCAAUCACCUACGAGCAGAGCUGCGCCCUCGUCGAGCAGAAAUAUGUCACGCUGUCCUCCGAUUACGCGCAGUUGGAGGCGCGCACCGCGCAGCUGUCGGCUGCCCUCGACGAAAAAAUCCAGGAAGUCGCGCGAAUUCAGUCGGAGAAGCAUCAGCUCAAUCUCAAGGACGUUACUAAAGACAGCGAAAUCGAGAAAUUAUCCCUCCAAGUAUCUGAGAUGCACAAGUCGAAGCGGCAAUUGUUGGAAAUGAUUGACCAGAAGGAUAUAGAGAUCAAUGAUAGAGCUGCGUUGGCCAAGAGUUACUUGGACAAGAUUAUUAACCUCACUGAUGAUGCCAAUUUGAAAGAUGCAAAGUUUCAUGAUUGUGAGGCAGAGUUGGCAAGAUGUCAAGCGGCUCAUGCUCGUGUUUUGCAGGAAAAGGAACUUCUUGAGAGACACAACCAGUGGCUGAAUGAGGAACUUACAUCCAAAGUCGAUGCUCUUCUUGAGCUCCGAAGGUCUUCCACUGAGAAUGAAGCAGAUUUGUCGUUUAAACUUGCUGAGGUUGAGAAACAAUUGAACGAAACUUCACGCUGCUUGAGCACAACUAAGGAAAGGAUGAAGGACCUUGAAGAGAAAUUAACAAGUACACAAGAGGAAUUAUGCUGCUGCAAAAAUGCUGCUGCUUCUAACGAGCAACAAUUUUCGGCUGAAAUAGCGACAGCCACUAAGCUUGUUGAAUUAUAUAAAGAGAGCACCGAAGAAUGGUCCAAGAAGGCUGCUGAGCUUGAAGGAGUGAUCAAAGCAUUGGAAACUCAUUUAUCUCAAGUUGAAGACGAGUUCAAGGAAAAACUUAAUCAGCAAGUAUCCGAGAAGAAUGGUCUUGAGAAGGAGGCUUCUGAGUUGAGGGAGAAACUAAACAAAUGUGAGCUUGAGCUUGAGAAUGCAAGAAAGGCAAAUGAAUUGGAUCUACCGAUGUUUAGUUUAUCAGUGGAUCACAUGGAUACAGGUGAGAGAAAUGCAGAUCUAUGUGAUGGUGGCGAGAAAAUGCUGGUGCCAAGAAUACCAAUUGGUGUAUCGGGCACAGCUUUAGCAGCUGCUCUUCUUCGAGAUGGUUGGAGUCUAGCCAAAAUGUAUGCAAAAUAUCAAGAAACUGUUGAUGCAUUGCGACAUGAAAAGCUGGGGAGGAAGCAAUCACAGGCAAUUCUAGAGAAGGUUCUGAGUGAAAUUGAAGAGAAAGCUGAAAUUGUUUUGGAGGAACGUGCGGAGCAUGAAAAAAUGGUGGAAGCAUAUAAUGUGUUGGAAAAUAAGUUGCAAAAGUCACUUUCUGACCAGGCUAUUUUUGAGAAUAGCAUUAGGGAACUGAAGGUAGAAUUAAGGAGGCAUGAGAGGGAUUUAGGGUCUGCUGAAAAGGAGAUAACGGACCUUGAGAGCCAGGUCACCAUUCUUCUUAAAGAAUGUCAUGACAUACAACUUCGUUGUGGUGUGCCCAGUACUAUCCUCUCUGACAACACCAUAGGACCUCGGGGUGAGUCAAUAGGGAUAGAAAGCAGGAUGGAUAAUUCACCACAUCUUAUGCCAUUUAAAAAUAUCAAUGGAUUAGUGGAGCAAAAUGUGAAGCUUCGUGGCCGGGUUCAUUCUCUGGAGCACCAAAAAGAUGAAAGAGAAGCAGAGCUUAAGGAGGUGUUUGAAAUGGAGAUGAGGAAACGUGAGGAUGAGGCAGCUUCCAAGGUGGCUAUAGUAUUAAGCCGGGCUGAAGAACAAGGCCACAUGAUAGAAUCAUUACACACUGCUGUUGGAAUGUACAAGAGAUUGUAUGAAGAGGAGUUAAAAAGGCGUGGUGGAACCCCCAAUACUUAUACAGAAGAACACAUACCAGCAGAAGUUGGCUGGAAGGAAAAUUAUUUGAAUACUGAAAUAUCUCAGGAUGCAAAUAAAAAGGGUGAUGACAAGUCAUCGGCACGUAUUAAGGAUCUUGAGGAGGAUCUGCUUAAAGCAAGAAAUGAAGUUGCGUCUUUACAACUGGAGCGCGAUAAAUUAGUAAUGGAGGCAAAAUUUGAACAUGAACGAUUUGAGAGAUUCCUUAAGGAAUUUGAGGAUCUGAGAAAAGAAGUUACGGCUAUGCAGUCCAGAAACGUGGAGUUGUCUCAACUAAUCAUUGAUCACCAAAGAAGGCUUCGUGAAAGUUCUCAAUCUGUGCAAUCAUCAGAGGAGCUAUCUCGAAAGAUGUCCAUGCAGGUCUCAGCUUUGCAGCAUGAAAAGGAUCUCUUGCUAAAUUCUGAGAAGAGGGCCCUCGAUGAAGUUCGUGCUUUAUCGGAAAGAGCUCAUCGACUACAGGCUAGUCUAGAUGCAUUCCAUAGUAUUGAGGAGGUUCGGGAGAAUGCCAGAAUAGCUGAAAGGAGAAAAUUGGAGGGUGAUUUGCAAAGAGUGCAGAAGGAGUGGGCUGAAGCUAAGCAGGAGCUUCAGGAUGAAAGGAAGCUUGUACAAAAUCUUACACGUGAUAGGGAACAGACAGUAAGAACUGCCAUGCAGCAAGUAGAGGAUAUGAGGAAAGAGUUGGCAGAAGCAUUGAGGAAUGUUGCAAGUGCAGAGGCUAGAGCUUCUAUUUCUGAGACGCGCUGCAUAGACUUGGAAGCAAGGCUUAAAAGAUUUGAAAAUCUGGCGAAUGCAAAUGCUGGUCCAGGACAUCCAGUACCUGCAGUUGAUGAUGAUUUUCUUGAUAUAGACAAAAUGAAGGAAGAGAUGAGAUCUUUAAGAGAAGAAGCUCAAUCCUCUAAAGAGCACAUGCUACAGUUCAAGGAAAUUGCCCAAGUUAAUGAAGAGGCACUAAAACAAAUUGAAGUUGCUCAUAAUUCUUUCAAGGCAGAGGCUGAGAAGAUAAAGACAUCCUUGGAAUCUGAAAUUGUUUCCCUGAGGGAGCGCAUUUCUGAACUAGAAAGCAAUUUGGCUGCAAGGGGAUUAGAGUUCUCUUCUACCAUUUCUGAGAAAGAUGCAGCACUUUCAUCAGCUUUGACUGAAAUUUCCUCAUUGAAAGAAAAAAACUCUGCAUUAAACUCUCAGAAGGAAGAAUUAGAAAUUUGGAUUGCUUCUUUGAAGGAUGACCUGGAGAGGGAGCAUCAAAGAUGGCGGUCAGCUCAAGACAACUAUGAAAGACAAGUUUUGCUUCAGUCAGAGGCUAUUCAGGAAUUGAGAAAAACAUCUGAUGCGCUUACUGCUCUCCAAGUUGAAGCAGCAGAGCUACGUAAACAGGCAGAUUCACUCAGAACUGAAAAUGAAAUUUUGAAAAGAACAUGGGAAACAGAAAAAGUAGAACUCCAAAAAUUAAAGGAUGAAGCAGAGCUGAAGUAUAUUGAGAUCAAUGAACAGAACAACAUAUUGCUUAAUCGUCUGGGAGCAGUAAAUGUCCAAAUUGCAGAGGAGCGCACUCUGUCAUGUCUAUCUGCUGAAGGUUCUGUUUCUGAAACAAAGGGAGAAGGCGAUUUACAGACCGUGAUUAAUUAUCUACGCCGAUCAAAAGAGAUAGCUGAGACAGAGAUCUCCUUACUGAAACAAGAGCGGUUGCGGUUGCAAACUCAGCUUGAAAGUGCACUAAAGGCUUCCGAGACAGCUCAGAGCAUGCUGCAAGCUGAACGUGCAAAUACAAGAAGUCGGGUAUAUAGUGAUGAAGAAUUUCAAUCUCUUCAGCUUCAGGUAAGGGAGAUAAAUUUGCUGCGUGACAGUAAUGUGCAACUCAGGGCAGAGAACCAACACAACUUUGAGGAGUGUCAGAAAGCUAAUGAAGUGGCACAAAAAGCUAAAUCGGAGAGUGAUCACUUAGCUACACUCUUAAGGGAGAAGGAAGUGGAGCUAGAAGCUGUCAAAAAGCAAGUUGACAUGCAAAAGGAAGAGAUAGGACUCUGGGAAAAGAGGAACUCAGAGAUUGUGAGCAGCUACAAGAAUCUUGAUAUGGAAGAUUAUGAACAAAUGAAGGAAAAUUUCAAAGACAUGCAGGAGAAACUUAAAACUAUGGAGGUUGAGUUACAGGAAUCACAGAGCCUUCUUGUCAAAAAGAAAGAGAAUGUUUCCGACCUAGAGCAGGAAAUAGCUAACAAGGAACUUAAAUUAAAUGAGAUGCAGAAGCAGCUUCAGGAUGUUACUGCGAAUGUGGAAAUUCUCAAGUCAAAGGAACAAAAGCAGAAGCACACUAUUCUGCACUGGAAGAGAAGAACUGAGGAAUUGAGUAGAGAGAAGGAUGAGUUAUUCAAAGAGAAACAGGCUAUUUCUAAGCAGCUUGAGGAGUCUAGAGCAGUUGGUAAGAGGUCCCUCGGGGAAGCAGCAAAGCAGCAUGAAGUAGCAGCUCGCCAAGAACUAGCAGCUCAUCAUGACCAAGCCCUAAAAGAAAAGGAUACCAGGAUCCAGAGUCUUGAAAAAAUACUCGAGAGAGCAAGAGAAGAUUUGCAGAAGGAGAGGGAUGAGCUUCGGAGAGAAAAAGCUGUGCGUGUAAAGGAUCGGAAAACUUUUAUGGAGCUUGCUCAGAAAUCUGUUCAGGCCAAGAAAGAGCUGGAAGAGAAGCUUGAUAAACAUAAGCAUCAAAGGGAAAGCCUUAUUGAGAGUGGAGUUCCAACAACAGUGCUACCCUCUGAUGUGGAGUUGGAUGAGAAGAUGACCAACUACUUGCAGUGUGUGGAUCAGGUUGAGGAGGCAGCAAAUUUACUUUCCAGUGAUGUGCUUGCUUCUCAGUCUGUUUCAUCUUCCAUUUCUGUACACGCAGAAUCAGUGCCUGGCAAUGAGCGAAAAACUGGACGGCUUGUUGGUGCUGUAUCCUCGACUACCCAUCCAGUAUAUCCUCCUGCUUCAGUUCACCCUCCUCAGAUAAAAGAUGCUGAUGAAAAGACUGACAAAUCUAAUGUUCCAAAGCCUGUAGCAGAAACACGGAAACCUGGGAGAAAGCUAAUCCGUCCUCAAUUAGGAGAGGAUCAGGCUGCACAUCCAUCUACUAGAGAAGUCCAUCGCGAACGUUCGGAACCUGCCUCUGAGAUCUUGCCUUCUUUGGAGCAAUCUGAACAUGUUGCUGAAACAGAGGUGGCUGAGAUGGAGACUGAAAGCAACCUAGAAGAAGGUAGAUCAGUGGCUAUUAACCCCGAACUUUCCAAUGAAGGGAUGGAAAUGUCAGGUCGGAAGCGUGUUUUAGAUUCCAGUUCAUCUGAUUUGCAAGAAGGGUUUGUACAUCAGGAUGCCAAAAAACCUAAACAUUCUGAUUCCUCCCAUGAAGAUAUAGAUGGUGGUGCUAAUAAAUUGUCCGAUAAUCCCGAUCUGCCACUCUCUGGUCCAGAUGCAAUUGCACCUGAAUCAAAUGAGCCAGAGAUUUUUUAUGCUUCCAAAGCUGGAGAUAUGGAGAUUGAGAAUGAGCCAGCCAUGGCUUCUGUUGAAGCAGUAGUCGUCAGUGACUUGGAGACCGCAAAUGUUGAACCAGGUGAUGCAGUGGAGGCUUUGGAUGGACCUGUAGAUGCAGAUGAUUCAUUUGAAGGGGGUAAUGUUGUAGCUAAAGAUACUCCUGUAGCAAUUGAUGAAGAAAGGGAAGAAGGGGAAUUUGUUUCCGAUUCAGCACAGGAUAUCGAUGAGACAGCUAACCCCGAACAAUCUCAGACACCAUCUGAAUCUUGUGCCGCUGGUUCUGAUGCCGAAGAUGAACCUGAAGGUACCGUUAAUAUGAAAAAUACAGAAGUUACAUCAUCUGUGCUGACUGAUGAUCCAAAAGAGGUGGCCACUUCAACUCCUACGGAGCACAGCACCAAUGAUACUCCGGCAUUGCUACAGGACCCAGUUGCAAGCGGGGCAUCCGAUACAAGUGAUCCUAAUGUGAAAAAGCAAGCUAGUCCGGGUGAGGUGUCAGAAUCAAAGGACAGGGAGACGUCGACAGGUAGGACUGUUAUAAAUAUUCCAGAGAGAGCUAGGAUGAGGGCGAUUGCUAGGAGUUCAGGAAUUGCUUCCAGUCCGUCUGGUAGGGGUCGUGGGAGAACUUCAAGAGGCAGCCUAAAGAAGGAUACUGGUGCCGGACGUGGUGGUCGUGGAGCCCGUCGCUAGUCAGUGUGGUUUCACCUGUGAAAAUAUGAGUUCCAGGUCGUCGUAUCCAGAUUACUGAGGCAACACCUGUUUAUCACCUGAAAUACCAUCGAGGAAUUAUUGCCUUUGGUCCUUGGAUUUUUGUAUGCCUAAGCAGUAAUGGCCUUUGAAUUGUCGUUGCUGGUUGUGGUCAUGUGCAGGACUGCAGGAAGUUUCUGUAUUCCAAGGACUCUGAAAUUUUGGUUGGUCAGAGUAAUUUUUGUGUUAUUAA